AUGAAAAUCUGUCUUUUUAUACCUCUGAACAUGCCUCGAACGGGAUCCCUUCACAAUGGCAUUAUUGAACUAUUCAGACCGAGCGAACAUCCCAUAGAAAUUGAUAUCGUCGCUGUUCAUGGUCUACAAGGUGACGCCAGGCGAACAUGGACUCACGAAGCCUCAAAUGUGUGCUGGCUUAGCGACCUUCUACCCAACUACAUCAAGAAUGCCCGCAUUCUGUCGUGGGGGUACAACGCGAACACAAAUUCUUUUGGGGGUAAGGCAACAAGCUCAGACCGUAUUCUUCAGCAUGCUGGAACACUUCUUGAGGAGCUUCAAAAUGACAGAGAGGUAAGUAGUGAUGUACUUUGUAAGGAGCAUGCUCGGCUAGAUUUUGUUUUCAAACCGGGCUGUCAUGUUUGCCUUCGACUAGGAUCGAGUGUGUCUUCAAGCUGCUCUCACCUAUUCGAAGAUGCCACUGAGAGACCCAUCAUUUUCAUAUGUCACUCCCUCGGAGGCAUCAUAGUCAAAAGAGCCCUCACGUUAUCCCAAGGCCGGACGUCAGCGAAGAGCGCUCGACUUCAUAUGAUCUACACCUGCACGUACGGGAUUUUGUUCUUCGGCACUCCCCACAGUGGGUCUAGCAAAGCCCGCCAGCUCGACACCAUUCACAAACUAGCGUCACUUAUUGUUCCCAAGAGGGUCGCUCGCUUCGAAACGAGUCUCGUUACCGGAAUAGAGGAUGACUCCGAAACAAUUCAGAACAUCGCCGAAGACUUUUCUCCGUUGAUGUCACGGUAUCAUAUAAUGUUUCUAUGGGAGCAGUUGCGCACUGACAUGAAAUACACGAUGGAUUAUAUCGUGGAUCGCGAUAGCGCUGCACCAAUAUUGGAUGGGACGGACAGGUGUGGUAUCGCCGCAGAUCACCGGGGCAUCUGCAAAUUCGAGAAAGUCGACUCACCGGGCUUCAAGGUCGUUAUUGUCGCUCUCAAGCGCUACUGCGUGGCUGCACCAGCAAGGAUCAGCGAAAGGCUCAUGGAGAGUGCGAACUCUCUGAGUGAGAAAAGAAGAUACGAAGUCAUGGAGCUUGUUGGGGACUCACCAAUUUCUCCCGUAUCCCCUGUCUCAGACAUUUCUUCUUUUUCGGGGGAAUCUUCGUUGUCGGAUAGAAUGAAUCGGCUGAGAAUGAAAAGAGAGGAGAAGUGA